GUGAUACCUUGGACACAGAGCACAUGAAGCGGGCUUACAGGUGAAUGCACACCGUGACUGUGCAGAACAGACUCAGAUUUUCUCAUAAUGAUCCGGUCUGAUUGAUUGUUACCAUGGAGAUCCAGAAAAGGUUAUCCGCAUGCUGGGAUCGCAUUGUGUCGUGUUUUAGAAAACCUGAACAGCCCAAGACGGGUGGAUCCAACAAGGAUACUACUUUUUUCACUAAUGGCCAUACCGACGAACCGAAGCCGUUCAACCGGCUCGCCCCGGCGCCUUCACGGAACCACUACUUGGCCCUUUACGACUACUCGGCCCGGACGGCGGAUGACCUGAGCUUUAACACCGGGGAUAAACUUGAAGCGCUCAGCAAAGACGCAGGAGAAUGGUGGUUCGCCAAAGCUCUCACCGGAAUCUCGAUCAAUAGGACGGGUUACAUUCCUGCCAAUUACGUGGCCCCUGUGGAGAGCAUCGACGCAGAACCCUGGUACUUUCCGGACACCAAGAGGCUAGAUGCAGAGAAGAUGCUUCUGGCUGAAGGCAACAGUCACGGAGCAUUCCUCAUCCGCAACUGUGAGAGUCAGAAAGGAGAGCUGUCCCUCUCAGUGCUGGACCAUGGACGUGUGAAGCACUACAAACUGAAAAAACUAGAGAAUGGUCAGUAUUUUGUCUCCAGGACCAAAUCCUUUGAAACCCUGAAGGAGCUGGUGGAGUGGUACACUGUGCAGGCUGACGGCCUGUGUGUUCGCCUGGGAGAGCCAUGCAAAAAGCUGGAGGCUCCUACGACAUAUGGCUUGUCCUACAACACAGUGGACACAUGGGAGAUCGAUCGCAAGUCUAUAAAGCUGGGGAAGAAGCUGGGAGCGGGACAGUUUGGAGAGGUGUACGAGGGCUUGUGGAAUGACACAACCGCCGUGGCUGUCAAGACCCUUAAACCCGGCUCCAUGGACCCUGGAGACUUCCUGAGAGAGGCUCAGUUCAUGAAGAGGCUGCGACAUGCCAAACUGAUACAGCUAUACGCUGUGUGCACAAUGGAGGAACCUAUCUACAUCAUCACCGAGCUCAUGAGGCACGGCAGCCUGUUGGAGUACCUGCAGAUGGACAAGGGUAACGACCUGGGCCUGUCGGACCAGAUUGAGAUGGCAGCUCAGGUGGCAUCAGGGAUGGCGUAUCUGGAGCAGCAGAACUAUAUCCACAGAGACUUGGCUGCCCGCAACGUGCUGGUGGGAGAGAACAACAUUUGCAAGGUGGCAGACUUUGGCCUCGCCAGGGUCUUCAUGAAAGAAAAUGAAAAUGUGUAUGAAGCAAAAGAAGGCGGGAAGUUCCCAGUGAAGUGGACUGCUCCUGAGGCCAUUCAAGAUGGUAUAUUCAGCAUCAAAUCAGAUGUCUGGUCCUUUGGCAUUCUGCUCUAUGAGAUCAUGACAUUCGGCCAAACGCCUUAUCCAGCCAUGACAAACUACCAGGUGGUGCAGAAGAUCCUGGAGGGCUACAGGAUGCCGCCUCCAGCAAAGUGCCCCAAACCCCUUUACGGGAUCAUGUCAGACUGCUGGAAGAGGGACCCUCAGGACAGACCCACCUUUGAGACCCUUCAGUGGAAGCUCGAGGACUUUUUUGACUUGGAUACCACCUCAUAUGAUGAUGCUAACCGCUAUCACUCAUAGAACUUUUGAUACUAGUUUACAUGACAAAAAUCAACACAAUCUCAAAGACAAAUGUGAUUGGAUGUUUAAUCGUUGUCCACAAAUGAAGGAUGCUUCUUUUGUUGCUUUGACACGACUAUUACUGUGAUACUAUUACUAAGAUAAAGUUAGACUUGUUUUCGCACUACAUGGCACUUCAUAGCCAUGAUGCAAUACUUUAAGCACACCAAAAACUCAGCAAUGAUGGUGGAUAGUGAGUCUGAUUUUGUUGACUCGGCAAGUACUGAUUCAAUGUAUUUUUUUUCAUUGGGAAUGCACUUAAAGGAGGCCUAGCAAAGACUGCACUUGUGACUGCCUCCUAAGGGGAAGACACCACUGAGCUGAGAGGGAAUCUAGGGUCUGGAUGAACUGGUUCUUCACCUAACAUACUGCUCAUAUUUUCCACUGCUAACAUACCAGGCCUAGCAUUAAUGCUGUGCUUUAAUGCUCUGCCUGAGAGCACUGCUUGCCAGUGGGUCAUGAGAAUGUACUAAACAUUAUACUAAAUGAAGGAAGUGCUGGAUUCUAUUUAAAAUAAAGUGUUGAACUACCUGCUUCAGUAGCUCUUCAACUGACCACAUAUUUUACUUCUUUGUGAAAACACUUAAACGCCUAAAAUGUAAUGAAUUAUUUUUAUGAAAAAUUAAAAUGUGUUUUUUUUUUUUUUUUUUUUUUUUUUUUUUUUUUUUUUUUACGAAUAAUUGUAAAUUUUAACCAUGUCAGUGUUUUUAUAUAUUUGUAAUUAUAUAAUUGUGUAUUUUAACACCUAAGUAAUUAAAAUAAUCUUAUGGUCAGCGCA